AUGUGCGAUAUAAUCGCGUACUGUAGCAACGAAAUCUACGUAAUGCAUCCUAACAAAGCCUUGAGUGCAGUGGUUUUUAUCCGCCAAGUGUUUUGUAGUAAUUCUCCUACCUUACACAAGCCAACUGCUGGGCACGAUGCUCUCCAAACUGCCGCUAUCAUGUCCGAUACUGGACUAUGCCCAAUUCUUUACACUCUUCAGCAAAACAUCUCAUCCAAUUAUCAGUCCUCAUGUGCUUGGUCUAAUGAUCACAAAAAGCAAUAUCGCGUGUUUGCAGGUCCGCAAUUUAACCACGGAAAGGGCAUAGUUGUAAUUACAACCCCCAAGCGUGCCCUGGACAUUUUCAACUUUGCGUCUGUAGCAAAACAUUCCAGCUCUACUCGUAAACUGUUCAGCACCACAGCCAGCGGACGCAAAGGUCGAGGCAUUUUUGCAAAUAGCCACAUACCUGCAGGCAGUCUUAUCACUCGAGAGUCGCCAAUCUUUUUCGAAGACCAGAACUGGAUCGAAGACAUCUCAUCUGAGAAGGUGCGGGCUGCAUUGCAAGCACUAGCUAUCGGAAAGCUUCCAAAAACCACACGUCAAGUAUUUCACGAGCUUUAUGGAGGUCCAGAAACAGGCAGUUUUGAGCUUAAGCAAAAGGGUUUAAUCAACGCUUAUGGAGUUUCUGAUACGCCUACAAAGAAUUGGCCGUUAUUAAACAAAUGA